AUGGCUCUCUCCGCGUGUAACGCCGUGUUGAACCCGUCGUUCGAGACUGGGACUUUGAAACCCUGGUUCUCAUCCGCUGUUAAUGUGGCCAAGGUCACCAGCGGUACCAGCGCCUAUAGUGGUGAAUACUAUCUGAACCUGCAAACCGCAGUAGGAAACCGCGGCAACACCAUCUCUCAGCACUUGAAGCACCUCAAGCCACACGAAAAGUACGACUUUAGCGUGCAGGUGCAGGUUCCAUCGCCGUCGGGCUCCGAGUAUUGUUCAGUUUAUGUCUACAUGGGCCGCAAUGCUACGAUCGGCGCAAUCGCUUCGACGCAGCUGUUUGAUCUCGAAGAAUGGACCGCUCUCACUGGAACAUACACGGCAAAGAGAUCCGAUGAUAUCCUGAAUAUUGUCGUUGCGUGUGAUUCUGAGGAUUCUUCAGUUACGGGGAAUGUUUUGAUUGAUGAUGUGAACUUCACUGGACGCGAAAUAGAAGAGAAGAUCGCAAAUGAUAUGAGGCUCAUGGUGUACUUUGCGAUUGCUAAACUGUACUACAAGAUAAUAGCGUUGGUCAAAAUUGAACGAAUUAUUGUUGUUCAUCGAAAAUCACUCCCAGUAAGGCAGCUCCGUAUCGUCGGAGGGUUGCGGGAACUGGCUGUGCCUGGCUUCGAGUUGAAGACCGAAGUUCACCCUUUGGUUGAGUCGUUAGAAUACUUCAAUAAUUGCAUGUACCCCAGACUCUCCCAGAUCCUGCUGCUGAGUUCCAAUAUCAAUAUCUACAGGAUUCCCGCGGAACUCUUCAAGAAGGCCCUACAUGCACCGGAUUAUGCCAAACUCGGCCUGGUCUGUAUAACCCUCAGCCAUCGAAUGAACCAAUCUGGCCAUAAUCCCGACUCCAAGUCACUGGAAAAGAAUUUCUACAAUUAUCGAGGGCAUGUGAUUCGGUCAUUGAAUAAUGACCUUCAUAUGAUUAAGAAGCGGGACAGUCAUCGAGUACUCACUGGGAUCUUGACACUGCUACUGCUAGACGCCCAGCAGGGGAUCUCGCAACACUGGCGUUAUCAUAUGGAGGGAGUUCGUGGACUCAUCACGCUUCGCGGUGGCAUGCACAAAGUAGCGGUUCAAUUUGCAGCGAUGCCCAUUGUUCUGUGCUACGUUUUCCUGGCGGUAAAUGGAGACACCGCAUCUCCUGCCUCCGAUAUGCUCAUCACUUCCAUCCCUGCCGACGAAAUAUACCUGGUCAUAAAGCAAUUUGGAGGUAACGGAUUCGCGUUCCAGAUGUGCCCUAUGUCGCUAUUUGUGGAAAUAAUGAAUAUUAACCGCAUUCGUGCGCGCGCAUCAAUAGCGGGCCUGAUGGAAGAAGGAUUCGUGGAGGACGAUUAA